UACGUUUGUUGAUGUUUGCUUGCGUGUAUAUUCUUCCUUUACGUAUUCCACUCGCCGUGCCGCGACUGGCGUAAGACCCGCCCACUCAUCGGUGAAGUCCUGCUGUCAUUUUGACCUGUCAAUUCUUUUUGGACAUUUAUCAAUUGGCCCGAAGGGCAGAACUUGUAAACUAGGUGCCGGUAGGAUUUAGUAACAAUUUUUAAUAAGUUGUCGGGAAAGUUUUGCGUGCCGUGGUUUGGUUGAGGUGAUUGGAUUUUUUUUUCGAUGUAGUGUGUGACUUAUUUCUGAUAUAAUGAAAAUGAUUUUUUGCGGGGUCUGUGUGAUUUUGUUGAUUGCCGGGCAAUGUUCUGGAUCUUACUCUCAAGGAAAAUACGUCAAUCAUUAUGGCAGCCAAUCCGAAGAAUAUCACACGAACCGUGGCGUUGUAGCUCACGUCCAGGCUUUGCUCAAAGGAACAGCACUGUUGCCAUGCGAUUUGACCGCCAUCGCGCCCAACGAUUCCGUCGUUCUUGUGGUUUGGUACAAAGACGAGCAUACCCCAAUUUACAGUUACGACACCAGAGGUGGUCACGCAACGCUGGCGAAACAUUGGCAAGAUACAAGUCUCGAAUCGAGGGCGUUUUUCCGGACAAUGACGGAACCUUCCACCCUCAGUAUUGACAAUGUCGGCGAAAAGGACGAAGGGGAAUACAGAUGCAGAAUUGAUUAUCUCCGAUCACCGACAAGGAAUUCCAGAGUUACCUUGCAAAUCGUUGUUCCUCCUCAGAAACCCACGAUCAUAGAUGAAAAUGGUAAAGAGGUACCUACACUAGCAGGACCGUAUGGGGAAGGUGGUGACAUGAAACUAACCUGUAUAGUAUCCGGUGGCAAACCGGAUCCGGCGAUAAAGUGGUGGCGCGAGGGCAAACUCAUCGAAUCCACCGACACCCGAUCCGGUUUCGAAAAUGUCCGAUCCAAUCAGCUUAUCGUCCGCAACUUGCAGCGGUCCGAUCAACAUGCUGCUUUUACAUGCCAAGCCUCCAACAACAACAUCAGUCAGCCGGUGUCGGCUACCACGUCGAUAGAGAUAUACUUUCGACCCUUAACUGUGGAAAUAUUAAUCAGCAAUAAUCCGUUCUCCGCGGAUAGGAAAUACGAGCUUCCUUGCCAAACGUUCGGCUCAAGACCUCCGGCCAAAAUAACAUGGAUAAUGGAUGGCAAAGAAUUGAGCCCGCCCAAAUACAAUUCCAGUCAUGUGGAAUCCGACGAUGGAAACUCGACAACUUCAAUUCUCUCAUUCGUACCCACCCGGCUCGACAACGGGCGAUCGCUUACGUGUAGAGCAUCCAAUCAUCUGGUCCAAAAUGGCGUUGAGGAGCACACCGUGAAAUUGAACGUUUUCUAUGUGCCCAUUCUCCACCUGUCUCUGGGCUCCAACCUCAAUCCCGACGACAUAGAAGAGGGCGACGAUGUUUAUUUUGAAUGCAAAGUGAACGCCAAUCCUUGGGCAUACAAAGUACUCUGGAAGCACAACGGUCAAGUGAUGCAGGCCAACCAGAAGGGCGGCGUCAUCAUGAGCACGUUGGCGCUGGCCCUGCAAGGUGUGACCCGCAGCCAGGCGGGAAAUUACUCAUGUGUGGCCUCGAACGUCGAAGGAGAUGGAGACAGCAAUACUGUCGACCUGAAAAUUAUGUAUAAACCGAUUUGCCGUGCGGAUCAAAAGCGCAUUUACGGCGUGGCCAAAAUGGAGAAAGUGAAAGUCCUGUGCGAAGUGGAAUCGUAUCCGCCGCCAGACAAUUUCAAGUGGUUGUUCAACAACUCCGCCGAGUCCACGGAGGUUCCCUCGACCAAAUACAAAACCGGAUUGCAUCGCGCCACUUCCACCCUCAGCUAUAACCCCGUCACCGAAAUGGACUACGGCACUGUGAUGUGCUGGGCCAGCAAUUUGGCCGGCAAGCAGCAGGAGCCUUGUAUAUUUCACAUCAUUCCCGCUGGGAAACCGGAUUCGCCGUAUAAUUGCAGCAUUGUUAAUAUGACCAUCGACUCCUUGGAGCUCGAAUGCACCGAGGGUUAUGAUGGCGGUUUACCUCAGCAUUUCCUUUUGGAGAUAUACGAGUCUACUACAGGUGCCCUUUUAAACAACGUGUCGGCGAAGUUUCCCGUGUUUAUUGUAGGCGGAUUGGACUCAGGAAAAACACUAAAAAUGGUUGUUUACGCUGCCAAUUCUAAAGGAAGAAGCGACAAAGUGCAGUUGGACGGAUUCACAUUAAACGUAGCCGAGAAACAAACUGUGCUGUCGUUGGGAACUAAAAAUGAUGUGGAUUUGGCCCCCAUCCUCGGUAUUCUUGUGGGAAUCGUGACGGCCCUUCUACUAGUUACUGUAAUUAUACUAGGAGCUAUGAAAGUUCGAGCAGCGCGUCGCGAAGGCUCGCGGCCUCUUCGACCUGCAUUCUUCAGCGUCAAAAAAGAAGUUACAUUACCCUUGCGCUCGGAAUCGGAAGAAUUGUUCGACAAAGACGACAAAAAUCCUGACGUGAUACCAAACAAUAAAGAUUCCGACUACCAGCUAGGUUCGGCGUUGCAAACUCCCGGACUGAAUAAUUCAGUAACCUCUUCUUCUGAGUACGAAGCGGCGGCGGCGGCCGGGACGGCGGUGAAGCCCGGGGCGACGGCGACGGCGGCCGCCUCCCCCCAGCAGCCUUCGCUCGGACCCCUGCAGGAGGCAUACAUGGUGCGGGAGAGGGUUUAUCCGCCGCAACACGCUAAUAACGAAGUUACCUACGCGGAAUUAGCACACGCGAGACCCAACUCCCUUGAGCCCGUGAAAAACGGGGGCAACAGCCAAUACGGAGCCCUGCAAAACAGAGACGAUCUGACAAUUUACGCUCAAAUCGACCACACCAGGAGGCCGCCGGCGCCCGUCAAAACUUCCCCGAUGGUGUCGCCCGUUUCAGCCUUGUUUCCCCAAAAGCAAGGGAUCUAUCAUAGAGAAGUGGUGACUGUGAGAACGCCUUUGAUGGGAUGCCAGCAGGAAAGUUGUGUAUAAAGUGGCCGACGGGUAGUGUUUGUAAAUAAAGCAGGGAUUCGGAGGUGUUGGUGAUGCGUUUUGGCUGGCCAAAGGAGCGAGAUUGUAAGGUGUUCUUCGACUAACAGCAGGUGAAUCGUCUAAUAAAUAUUUGGUAAAUAUAAACAAAUAUUGGUUGAAUAUUUCUCACUUUUCGAGGCGUAUUAAUUACUGGACACGUCCCUUCGUUUUCGUAUCGAGUGUAAGUAAAUGUUUAAAAUCAUUAACUAAACAUUGACUAAUUAGUUUUUAACAUACACGUUUUUUUCACUAAAAAAGAAAGUAUGAAAUCUAAUUACUUAUUAAUGCUAAUAAAAUUUAUAAAUUGGCCUUUUAUAUUUACCAAAUAUUUAAAAAUUCUAAGAGGGAAAAUUCCAAAUAACCUACAUAAAUAGGUGUGAGUUUAGGUACAGAGUUGCAGGAAUAGUAAACGCGAAAAUGCAUAGGAAAAAUGGUUUUGUUUUGAACAAAAUCAUAUUUUGAUUUGGAGUGAUUUUGACAUAAUUUAUAUUUUAAGAAAUCAAAAAUUAUGUCCAUUAGAUUUACUAAAAAAUAUAAAGUCGAACUUUCUUUUCUUUUUGCAAACAUUUUGGGUACAGUAAAGUUUAUUCAUCAUCAAUUAAUAUAAUAACAAAUAGUGAAAUUAUCUACUAAAAGUAUUGUAACAAAUAAUUUUUUCAACUGGUAAGGCAAUGUUAAAAAAACCCAAAUUAAUUUGGGUUAUUGAAUCUUUAUUAUUCACAGGUAAUUAACCCGUAAUGGAUUUAUAAUAUCCAACCUUAAUAAAAAUCCUGUUAUUCCCUCCUUAUUCUAAGCAAUUUGUUAUCUAUACUUUUUCGAUCACAAUUUGUAAAUUUGGUACACGUAGGUACCUAUAAUAAUUCUAAUCAUUGGACCCUUUGACCAUAUUUUUCUCUACAAUAUGCUCGUUUUGAUGUGAUACCUAUAUGUGUAAUGUACAAUGAUUGUAUAUAAAAUAGUAUAUAAUACACACGACAUUCAAAUUCUUAUGUAUGGCAUAUCUAGAAUGAUAUAACCGAAGACAAUAUUCAUGAUGUUUGAAUUCAUCAAAUCUUUUCAUCAUACUACAUAUCUUCAUACUUAAUAUAAUAAAUAAUAUAUUUAUUUAGAAGUUAAGUUUGUACUUGUACUAACCUUUUGGGAUGUUAAUUAAAUUCACAACUUCAACAUACAUAUUUUCAAAAAUUAAAGUAACAAAUUUUUACCGAAAAGCUCGUAUAAUUUCCAUUACGAGUUUAAAUAAUUCAUGAGCAUAUCAUGGAAUCGUAUGACCCAGUUUCUUCCAAUUGUUUCCAUAUCUUCUAGACAAGAAAUUAAAUGUGUAACACACUCGUAUAGUGUAAAAAUGUUUUCUAGUCAUGAAAUUUACCAAAUUUUACAUGUAAUUAAUAUAUAGUAUAAAUUGUUAAUAUUAACUGUUUUAUAAGUACCUAAAUAUACUUUUUAUAGACUGAUUCUAAAACAAGAAACGUAAAUUAUCAUAACGAAUACUCAUUGUAUAUGUAUAUUGCGGUAUAUACGAAUUAAAGUGGCUUCAAACAAGGUUUGCAUAUUGAGUGAGUCUUUAGUAAUUAAUUAAAUCAGGCAGAAACUUAAUUUUGAGCCACUUUAGUGUCUGAUACUAUUAACACAAUUUUGUAAAGUAUGUAUAUACACAAUUUUUUCGAAACGUUAUUUUAAUCAAUGUGAUGAUGGUUACUUCUGUGAAAACGGAGAUUUAACGAAAGGAAAUCUUCAAUAUCGACACCUUCAAUGUUUAAAACUAUUAAGACCUAUGUAAUUGCUG